AUGACACUCGUCUCGGCUGUGGCGGACCCUCUGGUCUUUAUAUUCAGAGAUUCAACAAUCGACGUCAGGACUAACAACUACAUAGCUUCCAGGGCAAGAGCGAACUUCCCUUAUAACAGGAUCAAUUUUCCCUACUCCCAGGCGACGGGAAGAUUCAGUAAUGGAUAUAACAUCGCCGAUGAAAUAGCGCAGCAGUUGGGUAACAAAGCAAAGUCCACCGCCCUUUCUGGCUCUUCUCCAAGACCCAUCAACCUUACUUCAAGGCUUUGUGCAACUUGGGAGCUUGGAAUUCAGGAUCGUGAGCAUCCCUCAGAUUGGGCGCCGCCCCUACGCACGGCUCUUGAACUCAACGACAAGUGGGUUGGGCUGUUUGAUGGAGCUGAACAAUUAUGCUCAGGCCUUCUAUUCAACGAUCUUGGCUUUAUUAAAAAGCUCCGCUCAGAGCUCCAAGGCAUGAUGUACUCGCUUGGAGAUGCAAAGACUAUGACCUCCAUCGUUAUGGAGCCUGAAACCUUUGUGAGCAUGUAA